AUGUAUCCAUCAGGUCCAUACGAGCCGAGCUAUGCCGGAGCGGAAGCAGGACCAUCUCGUCCACGUCCAGGAUCAACCUACGAGCCUACCACACCCGUUCCCAAGCCAAAAAAGCGUCGCCGGCUGCAAUUCACCUCGCAAAUGCGCAACAUCAUCCAGCGCUACAAUCCCGAUGGCACAGAGACAGUCGAGUACCUCCACCAGCAGUCCACACAACGGCUAAAGCGUAAAUGGGAUAGCAUCUUUGAACGUUUCAAAGAUGCACAUUUACAGGAGCAGGAUGAGAUCUAUCUCGGAAACAGAGCCAAUGGCGAACCCAUUGUUGUAGUCAAGGAUAGAGGCAGCUUGCGCAGUUUGAGAGAGAGCAUGGAGUUCGGAGUGUUUAUAAAGGAUGAAGAGUUACAGGGGUGGAAAGAUCGACCUGAGGCAAGGGAGAUGGAUGAUCGGGAGGAUGAGUAUCAUGAUCAUAUUCAUCCGACACACGGGCUUUUUCAAGCGCAUAGGGGAACACAGCAGAUGGCUCGUGUGUCGUCGAGUGAGUCGGAGGAUCAAGAGGAUGAUCCGGCGGCGUACGAUCCGGACUUGCGCGAGUUCCUGCAAGCUGAGGCGCGCCGGAAAGCUUUGCUUGGCGAUACAGGGCAAAUUGAUCAAGAGGCUGAGGGUGAGGACAUGAUUGACUUGGGCGAUCCCAUGUGGAGUAGCUCAGUGGCAGACAACGAUGCUUUGAUGGCCCGACGCAGACCACCACUACCGCCGCCAAGCCGCAAACUUGUUCCGCCGCGAGGAACAGAUCGACGAUCACCAUCUCGUCAAGUUUCAUCAUCCGAAGACCAAGACGACACUGACGUAGUGACAGUGGACAGCGACUCGGACGAAGAGCUCGUCGACUCGAUCCGAACCAAGCGGCAGAACAUUGAGGAGCUCCUGCAAUGCACCACGCCCUUCGAGACGCUGCCUUACAACGACAUCUUUGGUCUCGCUGACCUGCUCAAGAUCACCGACAACACCUCACGACUCUAUAUCGAUCUAGUUUCCGACGAGCAAGACGAUGAGCAGGUCAUUGAGGUAACGAACGAUAACUUGCCGGCAACGACGCCAGAAGACACUGUUGACGCUGAAGCCAUAGCAGAAAACAACACUGCUUCACCAACCAGCCCAUACCCUUCUUCACUCAUCGUCGACCGAGCUUGCUCCCAAGCAUGCGAUCCAGCAGCCUCGCCAACAUCUUCAGCAAUGCCUCAAUCAUCCAUAGUACGCGCAUCUUGGGCGCACUCUAGACCUUGCACUGCAGUGCGACGAGAUUCUGAAACAGUAAUAGAGCUAGAGAUGCGUUCGAGUCAGGAGCGUGUUUCUCUCAGGACUCCUUCGACAGUGCAUCAAACAGAGGAUUUGGAUCAAGUCGAGCCUGAAGAGUCUCGUUCGUCUUCACCAGCUGAGCCGGCUGAGACACUUUGCUUGUUACCCAUUCCAUCGCGAGUUCGAGAAGCAGCUGCGAGAAGUAAAACAUACCCAUCUCUGCCUUCUCUGGAUAGAGGCAUUCCUUCACCUUGGACAUUGGUGGAGACAGUGCAGCCUGCUGAUCGGGUUGUGCAGGAGGAGGCGAUAUUGCUGGCAGGUGCUGGAGAGGCUGCGCAAUUCGUGAGAUCGCAAUGUUGUUCACCAGUCGUAGAAGGUAUAGCGUAUUCGUUGUCCACACCGUCACUUGAACCUUUAUCAGUUACCAGUCGACAAGAACAAACAAAACUCGAUCAGCUAGCUGUUGACGCAUCAGCUUCUCAAAAGCAAUCCUCAACAUUGACACGUUCAACUUCAUCAGCCAAUACCCAUGCUCACCCAACGCCAGAAUGGACUGGCGAGCACUGGGAUCAAAUGAAGCAACCUCGAUCCUCGCCAUCCCUGCACGGCGCAUUAUCGAAUAGAGGCAAGCAUGCCUAUCGAUCUUGCACCCUGCCAGAUCGCAUGCUAGACACGAGCCUUGACUGUCUCGUCGAGCCUCGUGUUCGCGGGAAGAGGAACAAACUUGCUAAAUGUGGUGGGCCGAAAAAAUGUCACAAGACUUUCUGCUUGCACUGUGCUACACUAAGCCUAUCUUGA